ACUUAUGGCUGUUCUCCGCAUCACUUCAUGUCUGGACCAAUAUACGUGAAAUAUGAAUAAGCACGGGAGUAAUGGAUAUGAUAAACUUCCGAAUGAAAGGACACAUCUUUUAGACCACGAUUCCCCGUCUGUCGCCUCGGGUGUAAAUGAAGACCCAAGAAUAUUUGAACCACCAGACAAAAAAAAAGCAAGAUGGCGGUCUAUACGUAUCAUGUAUUUAACAAUGUUUCUGAGCAGUGUGACGUUUACUAUCACCAUGGCAUCAUUAUGGCCUUAUUUGGAACUGGUGGAUCGGAAGGCAUCGGCUGAUUUCUUUGGUUGGAUUGUAGCUGGAUAUAGUUUAGGUCAGCUAGUAGCUUCACCGUUGUUUGGUUUCUGGUCCAACAGAUUUAAUACGACAAGAUGGCCGCUACUACUGUCUAUCGGUAUCAAUAUUGUAGCUAAUAUAAUGUAUGCUUAUAUAGAGAGUUUUCCAGAUACACGACAAUAUUAUCUAUUACUAGCUAGAGCUUUAGUUGGGUUCGGUGCAGGUAACGUAGCUGUAGUACGAUCGUAUGUAGCAGGUGCUACAACUAAUGAAGAAAGGACAGGUGUCAUGGCUAAUGUCAGUAUAUUCCAAUCUGUGGGAUUUAUUCUAGGACCAGCGUUUCAAGCUGCCCUAGUACCACUGGGAUAUCCUGGACCAGUAUCUGAGUUGGAGUUUCAUCUCGAUCUGUAUACAGCACCUGCCUUUCUCAGUGCUGUAGCUGGUUUUAUUAAUAUAUUAUUACUGGUGACGUUAUUUAAAGAAACUAGAGUUACAGAACUUACAACAUUGAGUAUACAAGGGGGUGAUAGUGAAUCUAUGAAUAUAAACACGGAAAACAAACCGGAUUAUUUUGCUGUUAUUUGUUCAAUCAUGAUCUUCUUUGUUGUCCUCUUCAUCUUUACUAUAUUUGAAACAAUAGGUUCACCAUUAACUAUGGAUAUGUAUGGUUGGAGUAAAAAGAAAGCUACGUUAUAUCAGGGUAUAAUAUUAGUAGGAGCCGGAUGUGAAGCCAUUGUAGUUUCUCUCUUACUCAAAAGAAUCGCUAAAAGGUUUAGUGAAAGAAUUCUCCUGAUAUUUGGUUUUAUCGUGUGUCUUUGUGGAUAUUUUAUAUUUCUUCCAUGGGGUCAUGAACUACCAGUCAGAGCUGUAGCAACUCUAAAUCCAUCUUUUAAUGUUACCACAUCUUUAGGUCUGAACAGCGUCACACCUGAAUACAUUUUAAAAAAUAUUAGCACGGGAGACGACACCCGAUUCCUGUCUUAUGAUUGGACCGUCGUUAAUUCCACGUCAACUCAAGUUCCCAUGGUUACCAACGUGACGACGACGGUGGAACCGGAAGGAUGUCCAGAAUAUUACGAUUGGUGUUCGUAUACGCCUGUUGUUUAUUUCCAGCAGUAUUUAGCGGGUGUUGCAUGUAUAGGAGUAGGUUACCCUAUAUCUCAGAUUAUGAGCUACACACUGUAUUCAAAAAUACUUGGACCAAUGCCACAGGCGGUGUGGAUGGGAUGGUUAACGGCAGCAGGUAGUGCUGCUAGGGCUGUAGGACCAAUAUUUGUUACUCAGAUAUACGAUGGUUAUGGACCUAGGGUGACCUUCAGUGCUUGCUGUGGAGUUUUGGUUUUAGCCCUGAUUGGUAUGGGUAUCGUUUAUAAAAGACUCGUCCCUCUUCAAACAUCCAUAACCGUUCUAGCGUCUCCAAUUCAAAAUGGCCACAGACCGCCAAGUGCAUGAUGGGAAGUAAACAGAAAAUAAUGGCGGCGGAUAUAGUGAUUUGUAAAACACCAUUUAGAUACAAUAAUCCACUAAAAACUAAAAAAUUGAACUACUCAAAGACAAAACAUUUUUUUAAAAACUAUUUUGAAGUGGAAAAUGAAUUUGUUUUAAUGAUGUUCUUGUCUUAAAUGUUUCCUGUUAAUUGUGCGAAACACGAAACAUGGUGGGUGUCAGGAGAAUUAAGGAUUCCAUGUCAAAUACUGUUUGUGAGACCGCCCGGUGAUAACUCGAAAAAUAAUGUUUGAAUUACAUUGAAGAGAGAGAGAGAGAGAGAGAGAGAGAGAGAGAGAGAGAGAGAGAGUUUAACGUCCACUUGAAACAAACUAGUUCAUUUCGGGACUAACAUACGGUUCAAUUUUAUUUCAAUAAUUCGCUUCGCUGUAGGGGUCUUUAGCAGUGGGAGGAAACCGGAGGACCCGGAGAAAACCCGAGGUUAGACGGGCGAGUAACGUUAUAGACAGACUGGCGUUACGACCAAGAGUAGAUGGGUAGGCUGACGUUAUCGCCAUAGUGACGUUACAACCAAGACUAGAGUUACGUUACACACGCAAGAGUAGAGCGACGUUAUAGCCAGAUUGACGUAACGCGCAAUAAUAGAGCGACGUUAUAGCCAGAUUGACGUAACAUUCGCAAUAAUAGAUUGACGUUAUAGCUAGGCUGACGUCAAAACCAAUAGAAAUGAAUGACGUAACAAUCUGGUAUUGAUCAUUUUAAUUGACAAUAUUAACUCACGUGGUUUACAUUAAUCCCAUUGAAGGAUGUACCUGAAAGAUUUUCCUCUAUAAAAAUUACAGAUUUAAACCGAGAAAUUCUUUAUUACUGAUUUAGUUUACUGGUGCCUAAUACGGUGUUUAACAACAGAGCUAAUGGAUAGACAUUAAUGUGAAUAAUGAACUCUAUAAUACGGACCACUUGGUUGGUGGCAGGGGAUCAAUCCCAUUGGGUUAGUAUCAAUCUUUAAAGGCACCUAAAUCCAUGGAGUUUUAACUAUCCUGCAUCUAGCGAAUGACAUAACUGACCCGCAUUACCCCUACAGUCCUAAGGUCUGAUAUAUUUUCGGUAGUUUUAACGCCAUUGAAAUUGAAAUCGAGCAUGUGCCGCAGACACAAAACAAUCUUUCUUUAAAAUAAUCAGAUUGGGCUAUUGUGUUCAUGGGGUUGUAAAGUUUAUUCCCAGAAAAUCGGAUAUCCGUGGAGAGAGAGAGAGAGAGAGAGAGAGAGAGAGAGAGAGAGAGGACCUGGUGAAAACCCACGAGGUUGGACAGGCGACCCUACUCCUUGUCACGUACACCCGUAUCCGUGGUGACGAGAAAGGUAUAUUGGUCAAGGUUCUGUUUGAAACAUAAUAGUUAUAACAUCAAUAGAUCUCUGUUUUGGUUAAAGCAAUAAAACUUUCAAUUAAACUUU